UUCUUUACAGUGCUACCGUCCACAAGUUGUUACUGCAUGUCACAUGGUUAGUGCAAUCCAAUCACGAAAGGUGUAGCAACUUUGAAUAUGGAGAACACAACCAGAAACAAGAAACUUGAUUUCCCUGAGAGACUGUUUCAUUGCUCUUGGCUUUUGAUCUUCUGCACUCAUUCCUGUGCCAUCUCUUUAAUCCUACCUACGUAAUGUUUUUUCUCAUUAAUUUUGCUGCACAAACAUCUCGUACGAUUAAGCAAAAGGUUAUGUUUUUAUGCAAGGUACUGAGCGGUAAGAUAUGUAAAUCACUCGCCAUUUCAGGGCUAUUCCUGUUGUUAAUGUACUUGUACCUAUCUAGCCAUGCAUCCAAUCAAUCGUCGGCAUUGUUAUCUGCAGUGCAAUCAAGAUGGAAACCUUCAUCACCCAACCUUAACUCUCCUACCAAAAUUAGCGACAUUGUAUUUGGAAUAGCGGGUUUAUCAAAAACAUGGGGCUAUAAGAGAUGGUAUGUCGAAUCAUGGUGGCGCCCAAACACAACCAGGGGAUACCUAUUCCUGGACACAGCUCCAACGCGGCACUUCCCGUGGCCGAGGUCAUCUCCUCCUUUCAGAGUUUCCGAAGACAUCUCUAAAUAUGACAAGUACUACAAACAUGGAAGGCCAUUUUUUAUCAGAAUCUUGCGCGUAAUCGAAGAAAUAUUUCGUGUAGAAAGCGAAGGAGCGAGAUGGUACGUCAUGGGAGAUGACGAUACAGUUUUCAUGAUCGAGAAUUUGGUAGAGGUUUUGUCUAGAUAUGAUCAUCGAAAAUAUUUCUACAUUGGAAUGCCUUCAGAAUGUGUAAUUUCCAAUUUUGUCAACUCUUUUGAAAUGGCAUUUGGAGGAGCUGGCUAUGCACUGAGCUAUCCCCUGGCCAAGGCUGUGGUAAAGAACAUGGAUGUAUGUAUCAAAAGAUACUCAACUGCAUUUGCCAGCGACUUCAUCAUGCACUCCUGUAUAGCUGAUUUGGGCGUCCCCUUAACCAGAGAGAGGGGGUUUCAUCAGAUAGAUCUACACCGUGACAUAUCAGGGUUUCUAUCAGCUCUUCCUCACACUCCUUUACUCACUCUUCACCACAUUGAUGCAAUAGAUCCCAUCUUCCCCUCAAUGAAUCGUCCAGAAUCAGUGGCACAUCUCAUGAAAGCUGCAAAAGUUGAUCAGUCUCGACUACUGCAACAAAGCGUGUGCUAUUUCAAGCGAAGCAACUGGACUUUCUCGGUAUCAUGGGGCUACUCAGUUCAAAUUUACGAAGACAUCAUCCCUCCAAGCAUUCUUCACAAGCCCAUUGCAACGUUUAUACCGUGGAAGAAGGGUGCCAAUCCUCCAUACAUGUUUAAUGCCAGACCUCCCUCUACAAAUCCUUGCGAAGCCCCUCACGCUUUGUUCUUUGGUGGUGUUGAGGAAGCUAGAGCAAACCAUUUUGUUACCAGUUACACCCAGAGAUCCCAACGCGGGUUAGGAACGUGUUCAUCAAGCGGCAACCAUUCAGCUGAGUUUAUCUCCAAGAUUUAUGUUCUUUCACCGAUGGAAAAACUUGAAUGGGACGGAAGCAGAAGAGAAUGCUGUGAUGUUGUGCAACUGGUUGGCAAGAAUUCUAUAGGAAUUAAGCUUAGGACUUGCAUGAAGGAUGAGAUAGUAGCCUGAUCAAUCCAUUCUCCAUUUAUGUUCGUGGCAAUGACUCAACACAUCUCAAAGCUUGUAGCGAUUUUCAUUUUUACUUUGCUUUUUUCGGCCAAGUCCUACAUUUCUUGGCCAAAAGAGAAAAACUUUUUUUUUCCCAACUCUUAAAUUAGAGAUGACAAUGAGUUAAUGACAUCCCUCCUAAGUCCUAAUAUAUG